GUAAAAAGAAGAAGAAAAAAAAAACUUUUAGACAUUGCUAUUGUUUCAUUUUCCGAUUCCAAGGCAUAAAUGGAUUUUACGAAGAUACUGCCGGAAGAGUGCCAAUCUCUGAUCAUAUCGUUGACUUCGCCGGCGGAUGCUUGCCGGUCGGCGAUGGUUUCUCCUUCUUUGAGAUCUGUUGCAGACAGCGAUGCAGUUUGGGAAAAGUUCUUUCCUUGUGAUUAUAACUCCAUCCUUUCUUCGUCGACAUCGUCGCUUUCACUGGGGAAGAAGGAUCUUUAUCUCUCUUCUCAUCCCGUUCUCAUCCAAAAUGGUACCAUGAGCUUCCAGUUGGAGAAAGGGACCAGGAAAAGAUGCUAUAGGUUGGGGGCAAGAGCACUUACAAUUAUAUGGGGAGAUUCACCAGACAAGUGGACUUGGACAUCUCUUCCGGAAUCUAGGUUCCUUGAAGUUGCCGAGCUCGUACAAGUAUGGUGGAUCGAUGUGACGGGAAAGAUCGAGACCCGAAUUUUAUCUCCGAACACAAAUUAUGCUGUAUACCUUGUGUUUAAGCUUAGAUAUCAACAUAUACUCGGGUUUAGGCGUAGACCUGUUGGUUUAAAUGUCAGUGUCGACGGAGUCACUUUAAGGGAAGAGCGGAGGGUGUCGUUGUACCCGGGAGACGAGUCCCGACAUGUUCGAGAUAGAGAAGACGGCUGGAUGGAGGCCGAAAUGGGUGAGUUUUGGAAUGAAUGUGGGGGUGAUGGAAUUGUGGAAUUUAGUCUUAAGCAGAUUGACACAGGUUACCCUAAGCGAGGACUUAUUAUCGAAGGAAUUGAGAUUAGGUCUAAAAAUGUUGGUAGCUAGUAAGACAAAGGGCAUAAUAUCAUUAUGCGAUAAGUCAACCUCGU